AUGCGUUUCUUGUUGAGCUCCGUGUUGGGCACCUUUGGCCUGGUGGCUGGCAUUCGCAAAGAACUGCUUGGUGUGGAGGAACAGAAGGCGGUCGAGGGCGGCCUCUUCAGCACCUGCUGCGUGAUGGACGGAUACAACCACCCGAUGUGGGAGGAUGAAGCCUUGAUGAAGGAGGCGAGCAACGUGAUGCUCACCUUGAUCGACACGGGUGCGUACUUCUUUGACCAGAGCGGCACUCGGAAGGGCUGGAAUAGAGGUCGCUAUUACCAAGACUGUCACUAUGCGCUGAAACUUACUCGCCACUAUGGCUGCGACACCCGUGUCCAGCUCACAAAAAAGAAGAUUGUCUUGAGCUACAAGUACCUGAAGCGCGCUGAAAAGAGGCUCAACAACUUCUACAAAGAAUACCAGUUCAAGAAGACCUCUCGCUGGAAUCCUUUUGGGAACGCCUCUUGCCCCACGGGCAUGGUGCCCGCGCAAGAGACAGAUCGAUGUUCUAUAGACAUGGAGCGAUUGAUCUGGGUGGUGCGCACGUGGAAGGAGAAGGUCUCGAAGGAUAAGCGCUUGGCGGAGAUCAACGUCCAUAGCAACAAUCCCCUGUUCCAAGAUGAAGUGGAACGCCUGAAGAAGGACAUCGCCAAGAUCAAAGAACAAUACUCCGAAAUGUAUUUUCACAUGCAGGAAGCUGCCAAAAUGCACAGAUUUUAA